CAACCUACGCUGUGCCGACAACCGGCACAGUUUGCCGUCUAGGGGUACAAGACCAGCCCUGUGUAAUUACAUUAGGCGAAGGGAGAAAAGUUACGGAGCGAUACGAGGACAACAGAUGUAUGGCGACUUGAUGGCGACAACGGAUCGUGUAACUGUUGUUUGGUGCUACAGGCUAACCGAGUGGAACAGAUUACUGACAAUAUCCAAAUAGCUAACGCUAGAUCAACUGGGGUAGGUGAUUCCCAGAGACGUCGUUAUUGUUUUGCUUGUGGAUAGUGGCAAGUAUAUUCAGUUCAUUGUGCGGAUAUCUGUGGGAUAUCCCUGCCAACAUGACUAGCAUUUCUAAAAUCGAGGUCUAAAUUUGUAUAGGAAGUAUUUUCUGGAGAUAACGGAAUCGUAGCGCGUUGCUAGCCAUAAUUUAACCCGACUGCUUGUCAACCAAAGGCUGGUUACCUGCUACUCAGAGGGUGUCUAUCCGAGAAAGAAGUGCGCGAUACCUUCGUGUGUCAAGGCUGUGUUCGGAUAAGUGGUCAGAAGAAGAAGGCUUCUAGCCUGGGACUAUAGGAGGUAUGCUGCGGUCCACUGCGAGCGUGGGAGGCGAUGCGGAAAGGGAGGAAGAGCAGGAGGACGAGGGGGAUGAAGAUCUGCGGGACGGGGGAGUCCCGUUUUUCGUGAACCGGAGUGGGCUGCCCCUCAACGCGGAGACAUGGGACCGCAUGUGGCGGCAUGUGGGUCGGAUACACCCCGAAGGAGAUGCGGUGGCCAAGAGAAUACGCGGAGCCAUUGACCUGCCUAAGAUUCCAAUACCAAGUGUGCCUACAUACCAGCCCUCCACCACCACCAGCAUCCCGCAACGCCUCGAAGCCAUACAGCGGUACAUCAGGGACUUGCAGUACAAUCACACUGGGACCCAGUUCUUUGAAAUCAAGAAGAGCCGUCCUCUGACAGCGUUAAUGGACAUCGCCAAGGAGAUGAUCAAAGAAGCCCUACCAAUCAAAUGUUUGGAAGCUGUGAUUCUCGGAAUUUACCUCACCAACAACAUGCCGACGGUGGAGCGUUUCCCGCUCAGCUUCAAGACGCAGUUCUCAGGUUCGCAGUUCCGCCACAUCGUGCUGGGCAUCCACAGCGGCGGGCGCUUCGGGGCGCUGGGCAUCAGCCGGCGUGAGGACCUCAUGUACAAACCCCUCGAGUUCAAGACCCUCGCCGAGCUCGUCGCUGAGUACCAAGGGGCGUACCAGGGGUACUGGCACACACUGCGCAAGGUGAAGAUUGGCCAGUAUGUGUCACAUGACCCGCACAGUGUGGAGCAGAUUGAGUGGAAGCACUCGGUGUUGGACGUGGACAAGCUGAGCAAGGAGGAGCUGCGGCGGGAACUGGAGAGACACACGCGAGACAUGAGACUGAAGAUCGGGAAGGCCGCCCCGUCAUCUCCCACCAAAGAUCGCAAGACCGGCUCACCACUACGCAACCCUGGCAGCCCCAUGCGCCGGAACAGCCGCAGCGACAGACGGCCUUCUGGAGACAAGAAGAGUAUGGAGCCCAAGCCUCCGUCCGACCUGAAUGGCUACCAGAUCCGCGUGUAGUGUGGAGAGUGCGCCUCCCUCCUUGUUACCAGAAGAUGAUACCAGAUCCGAGUGUAGUGUGAAGAACUCGCUCCCUCCUGGCUACAAGAAGAAGAUGAUACCACUGACAACAUUUUUUCUACGUUUUUGUUACAAAAGUCAAUUGUACAGUUGAUAAAACUAUUGCAUUUUUACUCCGUUAACCAAGUAUUUUGGUCAACCGACCCGACUGACCGUCGUCACAAGACUACUCACAAGACACAAGUGAACAAACAGCAAAAAUGUGUGUUUUUUUUUUUUUUAAACAAUGAACAGGGUUCGAGUGAUGAUAUCGUAAGUGAAGUCUGGCGGCGUCAGACGUUGAUGUUAAGAGUCAUGCUGCUUCAAGGCUCUCCUCUGCAUGACCUCUGCUAUACCCAGAGAUGCCAGAACGACUCCGCUCUACACCACUCCGUCCCGCUCAGCUCUGUCGACCGCCGCAAGUGUUCCCAGUGCAGUACCUGCAUGAGGAGAGAAGUGCCGCACACUCCUGAGUUGCAUAAACAAGUUUUUUGGAACCACUGACGUGACCUGAGGAAGGCCGACAGGCCGAAACGUUGUCACAUUAAAAACUUGUGUAUGCAACUCGGGAGUGUGCGGCACUCCUCCCCUUUUCCCAGUGCAGUACCUCUCAUAAACUCUAAACUCCUUUGACAUAUCGUUGUACUGUACGUAGCCUUUAGUCUCGUUCAGACGCCUUCCAACUUUUUUGGAGGUGUUUCUACUAUAUCAGAUCCCAAGUGCCUUUUAAAUCAUUGUUAGGAUCCCCCCUCUCCUGUCCGUCCGUCCAUCCGUCAUGAAUACCUACCUACCUACCUGCCUACCUACCCUACCUACACUCCCAUGCUUGGCAGUUAUGACUGAAGACUCACCCCUCAGAGGCCUAUGUAUACUACAAAGCUGGUUCAGGAGUGAACCAGGUUAAGUUAAGAGGUAAAUCAUCUAAUAGCAGAGCCUGGAGUUUAAUUUACCGUACCUGGCUCUUAACGUCACCUGGUUUACUCCUGAACCAGCUUUGUAGUAGUAUAAGCCAACGACGCUGUGGGAAUCCAAAUAUGCUUCAAUAGUUAUUGUACACCUGUAUACUCGUUGCCAGUGCUACUUGAAAACAUUUUUGCCUCUCUCCAUCCCUCCAGUGCAAUGCAAUGCUUCUUAGCACGUCUGACUGAAAUUCUGCAUUCAGUAAACUCUUUUUAAUGUACCGUACGGCUUUGUGAGCGACUACUUAUUAAGCAGUCAGUCAGUCAUCGCAUUACGCAAAUCCACCUGAUCAAAAGGCUUGUUUGCGUCCAUUCAGACAUUUCAUUAGCCACUCCAGCAGAGUGCAAUGCUAUCGUAUCCUCUGCCAAGUUGGUGAAAGCACUACUAAAGCUUAUUGAGUUGCAGCUCUGACAGGGAGAAACUACAGUAUAAUAUUAUCAAAACAAAUCAUUCAGUACAUGUCUAAACUCCACAAAGGUCCAUCUGAUCUGACUCAUUUUUUAUUGUUUUGAUGUCAAUCUGUCCAGUGAACUGAACGGAUGUUUACUGAAAUGUAGCCUUUUAUACUAAAUGCUUCGCAGUUGAAAGUAGCCUUCUAGAAUAGAUGAUAGGUGGUUAAUGUGAAGGGCAAGAGAACAAGUGAUGUAUUAUCUGUAGACUGGUGGCUUUAAGGGUUUUAAUUAAAUGCCUUGACUUUCUAAUUUCAUUUGCUUGUAAAAUCAUGAUGAGACCAUGAAAAUGUUUCUUUUUGUAAAAUGUAAAAAAUGU